GGCGCCAGCCGUGGGCUGCUGCGCGCCGUCGCAGCAGGCGUCGUCUCCUGCUCGUUCGGAGGGCCAGUGAGCAGCUGCUGCCGCGGAAUGGCGGGCAGCAGGGCGCGUCGGUGACCCCCGUGGAUGCCGCCCGGCGGGCCGGCGCCAAGGCCAGCGGCUCGGAGGCCAGCUCGGCCGGCAUGCUGUGACGGCUGCACGCGACCCCCUCCUCGGCGGCGGCGUCAUGCGGCUGCUACCGCUGCUGCUGCUGCCCGCGCUGCUGCUGCUGCUGCUGCCGCCGGUGGCAGCCUCGGCUGACUCGCACCUCAUCAGGUUCCACAACUACACGGACAAACAGAUCCUCGACUACCUUCUAGACCCGGUGCGUUACGACCACCGGAUACGACCACAAGAGCGGACCCAAGUCAACGUUAGUGUCUUGCUGCUGACCCUUUCUUCGCCGGACGAGUCAAGCCUGAAAUACGAGAUCGAAUUUCUGCUGCACCAGCGCUGGGAGGACCGGCGGUUGCAGUGGUUCGCCACCGAGGAGGGCGGCGGCCACCUGAACGGCCUGCUUCACGAGGGACACCUCUGGAAGCCCGACAUCUACUUCCUCAAGCACGGAGAGUUCAAGACCCCGCUGACGCCCAUACACAUAGGCCUACGCCUCUACCCGAACGGAACCGUGCUCUACACGCUCCGACGUCACAUGACCCUCGUCUGUCAGGGAAACCUCAAGAUAUUCCCCUUCGACAACCCAAAGUGCCCCUUUGCCGUCGAGAGCAUGUCAUACGAAGAGAACCAGCUCAAGAUUGACUGGUCCCCAACCGAGCCGUCCAUCAACACGGCCACAUCGCUGAGGGCGCACAACGCUUACCUGGCCAAGAACGAGACUGGCUACUGCGACACGAGACACACAUGGAGAGGAAACUACAGUUGCCUGCGCGUGCUCCUGGUUUUCACGCGCGACAAGUCUUUCUACAUCAGCACCGUCUUCGUGCCGGGCAUCGUGCUGGUGACCAGCUCUUUCAUCAGCUUCUGGCUCGACAUCAACGCCGUACCGGCCCGUGUCAUGAUCGGCGUCACCACCAUGCUCAACUUUUGCACUACCACCAACAGCUUCCGGUCAACCCUGCCCGUGGUGUCCAACCUGACCGCCAUGAACCUGUGGGACGGCGUGUGCAUGUUCUUCAUCUACGCUUCCAUGCUCGAGUUUAUCAUCGUCAACUACCUAUACCGAAACCUGGGGCUCCGGAAACGGGCGGCCGCCGCGCGACGACCCAGUCGCCCGGCCUCGGCCGACCCGCUACGAGUGCCCCCUACCAGGCACGAGCAUCUCGAGAUGAAGGAGCAGCAUCCAAGCACAAACCACAGAGCGAGCCCGGGAGGCCUUUCGGCGGAGCAGGAGAACAGUCUGCUGCGACCUGCUGCGCCGGGCCUGGCCGGGUUAGACACCAGCGUCAGCACGACCGACGAUCUCGGAGGAGGCGAGCGGCCCGCGUCGUCUUGCGGCGUCGGCCCAGUGGGCAGCGGCCAGCGGCUGCGCGCCGUCGCCUCGGUGCUCGCGUGGCUGCGGCGGCCGCAGCUGCUGCCGAGGCAGCUGCCACCAAAACCGCGCAUCGCCAAGGCCAUCGAUUACUUCUCGCGUACCGUGUUCCCCGUCCUGUUUGGCGUCUUCACCUUCGGAUUCUUCCUGGCGUAUGCCGUCAUCGGCCCCUCGGCCGAGGAGAACUGGAAACUCAUCGAAUACUAGACAGCCCGAAACGUGCACGCGUCAUCGUUGCCGUGUCGUACCGUCGAGACGUGACGGGGAGCCAGCUGCGGUACUUGGUGAAGUUGUCUUCAAGAAAACUGUGCGAGACUUUUUGCUGCAGUGUUCAAGUGGGGCAUACUCGAAGCGGCAGGACCAACAUUGACUCCCGUUCCUUAUUUCUCGCCUCUGUGAUCCCCUUACCAGUCCACGUAUGCAUAUUUGCAAGCUAACACGGAAGCACAUAUUUCUUGAGCAAGCUUAUACUUACCCCUAAGCCACCUAACACACUGUCUUACUGCACUCUGCAUGCUCUAAAGUUUCGGCAGAGGGGCAACCUCAUCGUAACUCGUGUACAGUCUGCCUUCAUUUCAGAAUGGUGCAAGUUGAUAUCUCUAACAAAUGACAUCAUCAGAAGACGUCGGCCACCACCAGGUGGGGCUCCCCGCCACGUCUCCGCACUGCGGCAACACGGUAACGGUAAUACGCGUACGUCAGAUUAGACAAAAAAGAAAUCUCCUGUCACUAACCAGAGGCUCGCCCCUCCCUACUGCCGCCCCGCCGAAACCGCCACCCCAAUGACCACCGCCGCCCUUCCCAAUGGCACCCGCUCCUUCCCACCUCCUCGCAACAGCAGCAAGCAACACUUUGCGUUCGCGCUUGGUCUGUGAUGUCCUCCUCCUACGACACCAACCGACACCUCCUCUGUCCCCCGCUGCUUCUUGCACCGUGCCUUGUUUGUUUGCUGAGUCCAAAAAUGGUUGUGCUUGGACGCUUCGACAAUCUCCCCCGCGUGCCUCCGCGCUUUCCCCCAUACACCCCGGGAGACCGCUUGUUAAAAAUGGCUGCCGCCGCCUACGCCGUGCUGCAGGUGGUGCAUCUUUUUCUAUAUUGACUUUUUACCGACACUGUUACGUUUAUCGACUCAUCGGUCACAAACUGUAUUGUUGUGACACCGACGGUCAACGCAGACCUGGAGGUGGCUCUUCGUCGGACGCGCGCGUGUUUCUGCAAGAGAGAGAGGGUGGUUUUUUGAGUGCCGCUUUUGGGGGAAAAAGUUUAAACGAUAACAGAGGAAAGUGAAUAAAUAUCGCAGGUGAAUAACCCGGGCCAAGCCAAGUUCAUAAGCGCCAAGACGACGAAUGGGAAGAAGAAGAAGAGGAGGAGGCUCAGAAUAAAAAAAAUAUAUAUAUGACGUUUACUCCGACGAGGCGGGAACUAUGUGGUCGUCGUCGAAGGAGACUCUGCACAGACGGGGGAGGGCCAUUCGCUCUUCUUCCCAAUUCCUCGCUGGCCCCACCACCAACUUUCCCGUAUUUCUUCUACAGAGAUUUUCAAACUAUAGAGCGCCGUCUUUUUUCUCCUGUAGGCAGAACACCUUCCACUCUUGUAUGCAACUCCGUUCUCGCAUAAACACAUGAAAUAAACCAAUUUUUCGAAUUAAA